AAUGACGUCAGGCCCGUGCGGGCCGCGCUUACCCACGCCAUGCUGGGCGCCCGUGGCGCGGGGCUCGCGUGGGGCCUGCGGGCCGUGGCGCGGGCGUGGCCGUGGGGCGCGCGCGGCCGUUCCGUGGCCCUGGCGCGUGCGGCUGGUGCGCCCCGCUCGGGGGACCGGCCGUCCUCCGCGGGGCCGGGGCCGGGACCCCGCCGGCGUCGGCUCAGCCUGUCGGCCGCGGCGGUGGUGGACUCGGCGCCCCGCCCUCUGCGGCCCUACCUGCGCCUCAUGCGGCUGGACAAGCCCAUCGGAACAUGGCUGUUGUAUCUGCCAUGUACCUGGAGCAUUGGGUUGGCAGCGGAACCGGGCAGUUUUCCAGAUUGGUACAUGUUAUCCCUCUUUGGCACUGGAGCUGUUCUGAUGCGUGGAGCAGGCUGUACUAUUAAUGACAUGUGGGACCGGGACUACGAUAAAAAGGUUACAAGAACAGCAACCCGCCCAAUAGCUGCUGGAGACAUUUCGACUUUUCAGUCCUUCAUUUUUCUCGGGGGACAGCUGACCCUGGCACUGGGAGUUCUUCUGUGUCUGAAUUACUACAGUAUAGCUCUUGGAGCAGCAUCCCUACUUCUUGUCAUCACCUAUCCACUAAUGAAAAGAAUUACGUACUGGCCUCAGUUAGCCUUGGGGUUCACUUUUAAUUGGGGAGCACUACUUGGAUGGUCUGCUGUCAAGGGCUCCUGUGAUCCAUUUGUUUGCCUGCCUCUUUAUUUUUCUGGAAUCAUGUGGACUCUAAUAUAUGAUACUAUCUAUGCCCAUCAGGACAAGAGAGAUGAUGCUCUGAUUGGCGUGAAGUCCACAGCACUGAGGUUUCGUGAAAACACCAAGCAAUGGCUUAGUGGCUUCAGUGUAGCGAUGCUGGGGGCGCUGAGCCUGGUGGGUGUGAACACAGAUCAGACCGUGCCCUACUACACUGCUCUGGCUGCUGUCGCAGCCCAUCUGACUCACCAGAUUUACACUCUAGACAUCCACAGACCUGAGGAUUGUUGGGAAAAAUUUGCCUCCAACCGAACAAUAGGACUAAUCGUUUUUUUAGGGAUUGUCCUCGGGAACCUGUGGAAAGAAAAGAAGACAGAUGAAACAAAGAAAAAUACAGAUAGUAGAACAGAAAAUUAGCAAUUGAAGUUUCUCUAGGAAUUUUUUAAUCAGACUUUUACAAAACACUCAGGUCUUGUUGCUGCAUAAUUAGAUUUGAAUAAGAGUCUUACACUAUAUGUUAGAGAAUUAAGAAUCAGAAGAUGAAGACUUCAAGCAUAUUUUCCUCGAUUUUAUUUCAGCUAUUUACCAGCAAAAUUCUUCCUCUCUCACAGAAACCUGGGACUCAUCAGGAUUUAAGAUGACCUUGAGUAUUUAAGUUGACACAUUCUUCUGCUCCUUAUAAUUCUCAUCUGUGGUCAUGGGAGUUGUAUGAGCUUAGGACUUUAAAAGAAACCUGACAUGUAUCUCAUCUAAAUGUAAGAAAAAUGGACUCUUUUUUUUAGGGGAAAAUUAAAACUGCCACGGAAAGUUGGGGCUUAUUGUUCUUUAUUUUGACCUUUCCUCACUGUCAAAAGCUGUAAUUCAGAAAACCAUUCUAUUUUUUAUAUUUUAGGAGAAUUUCAGUAAAUAAUUUGUUUUUUCCUGCUAUAUCCAUACAUACUGCUGCUGUUAAUAAAAACCUAGUGUUCAUUUA